AUUGUGUGUAUUCAUCCGUAAUUAUCAUUCUGUUUCACUCAUGCCAAUACCUAUUUCAUAAUUGGUCGUCGUACGUUGUGGAGGUGGAAAUCCUUCGUGACAAUUUAACUCCGAUUUUCAUUUCAAUCAAGAAAAUGGCUCCUAAUUUGUCGGGAAAAAUCGCCCAAAAUGAUGAAGAACCACCUUCUUCAUUUCCCGGCAUAUGGAAAACACCUUCUGGAAGGGAAACCCCAUUUCGGUCCGGGUACAACUGGAUGGAAAGCAAAAGACUAGAUGACGAUAUCGGGAACCUAUGGCGCGUCCAUGAUAAGCUGUACGACCUGACCCCAUUCAUCCAUAAGCAUCCCGGAGGUCCAGAUUGGCUCGAGUUGACUCAAGGGACCGAUAUCACGGAGGCAUUUGAAACCUCCCACAUCGUCAAUGUGGACCUCGUGGAGAAAAACCUGGCUAAAUUUUACGUCCAAGAUGCCACUAAACCUCGCAUUUCGCCAUACACGUUCAAGGAAAACGGCUUUUUUAAAACACUCAAAAAGAAGAUUGCCCCAAUCAUGACGACGGUUGGGACUGGCCCCACGAACCAAGUGAUCCUUAUGCAAGACGGCAUGGUGGCCAUGUUUCUGGGCUGUAUGCUACUCGGGACAUGGCUCGACUCCACCGUUCUGAAAAUCAUUUCCGGUUUUUUCCUUGCCGUCCAACUUAUCGGAGCACACAAUUUUUUCCAUCUGAAGGACAAUUGGAGAAAAUACUAUUUUGAUUUGGGCUUGUUGUCCUCACACGAGUGGAAAAUUACGCAUUCCCUCAGCCACCAUUUGUACCCGAAUACUUUAAUGGAUAUUGAACUGGAAUUGUUCCCGACGUACCAAUUUCUGCCGAACAGACCGAAGAAUUUCAUCCUUCGGUGGUAUGGACCUGUGAUAUACUCGCAUUUGCUAUACAUCGUCGGAUUCUGGAUGGAACUGGGAAGAAGGAUUUUUAAAAUUGCGAUGGGCGAACAAAAACUACGAGUUGAAAAUGGAAUCGUAUUUUUACAACUUGUUCCACUCGUCAUGAUUGCUCCAACGGUUCAAGCUGGUAUUUGGUCAUGGAUUUUUAUCCAUUCGGUAGCAUCUUUUACUUUCCUCACUCAAGGAGCAAAUGCUGCCCAUCAUCAUCCCGACGAAUUUCAUGAUGGUGAUGAAGCAAGACCGGAUCCGGAUUUUGGUUUAUGCCAACUCGACGCGACCCGAGACAAGAUUGGAGAUCAUCAUGAGAAUAAUCUCUGGGUGAUUCUCGUGACCUUUGGGGCACAUCAACUGCAUCACCUCUUCCCGACGAUAUGCCACUCGAAAUUGGUUCAUAUUAAGGAUAUAUUUGAGCAAACAGUGGCUGAAUUUAAUGAAAGUUAUCCUCGACGUUAUCAAUGGGAUAUGUAUUGCGGCACUUUUAACCAAUUGGCUAGAACUGAGACCAAACAAAAGAAGUAUGGCAAAAAACGCGAGUGAUGCUAAACAAUGGUGAUUUGUGGUCACAAGAGUGUAAUAUAAUUUUACAGUUUAGUAUAAUCCUUAAUAUUAAACGGUGUGUAUAUAAUAAAUAUGUAAUACGUAUUAUGUAUUAUCACGAAUUAAGUAAAUAAAUGCAGUAUGUAAAUUUUUAA